AAAUAAACUAAUGCAAAAAUCAGUAGAAUCAACUUGUAAGUAUUGUGGCUCGGAUCAGAUCGAGUCCUGCAAGCAGCAGGGUGAACUCGUCUGCCGAAACUGUGGAGCUGUAUUACAGGAAAAUAACGUACUGGAAGCUGUACAAUAUGCAGAAAAUCCAGCGGGAAACUCCACACUCAUCGGGAGGUUCGUACCCACCGGAGGUGGUGGUAUGGGCUCACUGAAAUAUAGCUCAUCACAGACAUUGGAUCAACUGGUUAAACGCGGAGAACAAAAUAUACAGAGGACAGCAUGCCACCUGAAUAUAUCAAGCGAAUUGGUAACAAAAGCUACACGGAUAUACUCACUAGCAGUACAACGCAACUUCACAAUGGGUAGAAACAAUAAACAUGUAGCCUGCUGCUGCCUAUACACAGCGUGCCGCAGAUUCAAAGCACCGUAUUUGCUUAUCGAUUUUGCUGAUGUACUGCAAGUUCCAGUAAAAAUUAUAGGACAGGUGUUCAUGAAACUAGUAAGGAUGCUACACCUGGAAGUGCCAAAUGUUGACCCGUCCAUCUUCUUCGAAAGGUUUGCUAACGAGCUACAACUAAAGGAUAAAGUGGACCAGAUUAUCACAACAGGGGUUAGAUUAAUACAGGCCAUGAGAAGAGAUUGGUUAUGCACAGGACGCAGACCAACAGGACUAUGUGGAGCUGCACUGGUAGUAGCAGCACGUAUACACGGAGUGCCAUUAAACGCAGAAGCAGUGGCAUCCGUAGUGAGAAUAUCACACCCAACCAUCAUGAAGAGACUCUCGGAAUUCAGAGGAACCUCCACCGCAAGGCUACUGACCACCGAAAUCGAUACUGUAGACCUCGAAAAGCUCCCAGCAAACCCAUACCCACCCUGUAUGGUAACCAAGAUGCUAGCAAUUGAAAAGAAACGACGAUUGGAGUCGGAUACCGUCUCUACAUGCUCGGAUAACGCACGACCAUCGGAAACAAGCGAAGAGCUGAGUCCACUGCUAUCACCAAAGCAAUUGCCAGCACUUGGUGAUAUUGACCUCAAGCUGCCAAAUGAAUUGUUAUGCUCAGACGAGCCCACAGCCAACGACAUUAAUCGCAUAGCAAACAGCAUCAUCGAAGCUACGCCACAGUUGGGAUGGGUAGUAAGCAACCAAUCAACGGAAAUAAUACCAUAUGAAGAUAAACAGACACAAGAAACUGCUACAUGUACAACUAUCGCAAUACCGGAAAUUAACGGUGAAGGGUUCCUGAGCUCAGAUGAUGAAGAUGAUGAACGCGAGUUCAGUAAAAUGAUACUAAGCCCAGAAGAAAAGGAAGCUAAAACAUUACUGUGGGAUGAAGUUACAAAGGAUAUCAUGCCGGAAGUGUGGCGCAGGCAAGCUGAAAGGAAACGCAAAGAGGCAUUAGGUAAAACUGUUAAAAAGAGGAAAUAUUGCAGAAAGACGUAUUCAGACUACCCAGAAGCACAAAAUGCAGCAGAGUCCACGCGUAUGGCGCUGGAACGACAUGCAAAGCAUUUCUCAAAUCGCAUGAAUCAGGAAUUCCUAGAUUCUAUCCUAGCAUAGGGCAACGUGCACAAGUCCCAUGCAAACUUA